AUGGCGGCGCCGCCGAUGCCCGCCGGCCGCCUCCGCUCCUCGCCCUGCGUCGCCCGACGCACGCACGCACGCACGCACGCCGACGCACCGCGCCUGCGCCGCCCGCGGACACGCCCACCCGNCCCCUCGCGCCAGGCCGAAGAGGAGGACAGGGCUGCUUCUGUUCAUUUGGAGGAGGAGGAGGAGGAGGAGGAGAAGCGGCGGCUCUUUCCGGCGGCUGUUCCCGGGAUUUUCCUGGCCGGGUCCAGCGCCAGAGCCCCGAUCUCGCCUCCGCCACUCCGGGAGGGUCGGCUGGCGUGGCUGCCCUUCACUAACCGUUCAGAGACCCUUUUCCUGGGCCCCGAUCAGCCCCAAAGCUCGGCAGAGUAUCCUGAUUGUGCUCAGUUGUUUACAGCAAUCCCCAAACACCAGGAAUUCUUGCAAGGAAUCCAAUCCCUGGAUCCUUUCAAGGCCGGCAGCCGCAUAAAGAGCUGCAGGAGGCUGAAAGAAAAGCGCAGGGAAAUUUACCCCUCUCCGUUUGCAGGAUCAAAGUGGUCCUACAUUGGUCCCGAUGGAGAAAAGGUGUGGCCAAAGAAGUACCCCUUAUGUGGGGGAGUCUUCCAGUCUCCCAUUGACUUCCACAAUGACAUCCUCCAGUAUGACUCCACCCUUUCACCAAUAGAACUGGAAGGCUACAAUGUCUCUUCUGAUGUCAAGUUCUUCUUGACCAAUAAUGGGCACUCAGUAAGAAUGAACCUCUCUUCGGCCAUGCGCAUCCGGAGUCUCUCCUUCCAGUACUCAGCAGCGCAGCUCCACUUACACUGGGGAAAUCGAAACAAGCAGGAAGGGUCCGAGCACACGGUCAGCGGGAGGCAUUUUGCUGCUGAACUGCAUAUUGUCCAUUACAACUCUGACCGAUAUCCAGAUCUGAAAUCAGCAGUUGACAAGCCCAGCGGGCUGGCAGUCUUGGCAAUCCUGAUUGAGGAGGGUGAAUUCAACCCAUCCUUUGAAAAGAUCUUCAGCCAUUUCCAACACGUGAAGUACAAAGAUCAGGAUGCCGUUGUUCCAGGUUUCAAUGUCCAAGAUUUGCUCCCAGAUAGACUGGAUGACUACUACCGCUAUGAAGGAUCUUUGACCACACCUCCAUGCUAUCCAAGUGUCCUCUGGACAGUUUUCCGAAAUCCUGUAGAACUUUCAGCAGAACAGCUGCUGGCGCUGGAAACCACCCUCUACUGCACGGAGUCAAACGACCCCGCCCCUCUUGAAAUGGUGGACAACUUCCGGAGAGUUCAGGAAUUUGAGAGGAUGGUUUCCGUCUCCUUCCGACAAGGUUUUGUCCUCUUUGUGGUGUUAGCCGGCAUCCUUGGCAUCGUCUUUGUCACCAUGGUGGCCUUCUGGCUGAUUCGAAGGAAGAGCCUCCAAAGGGCCAAGGAAGAGAAAGGGGUAAUCUACAAGCCCGCAGUCACCAAGGAGGAAGAGGAGGAGGAGAACAUCUCCAAAGCUUAAACCUCUGCAAUGCUCAACUUUAAAUAUUCUUAACAGCUGGAUGAGCCAAGCGUUGCCAUCUGUCUUGUCAUGUUUAUCAGCCAAGUUGGUUCUCUGGAUCCCUCAAGUGCAAAGAGGGCUCUGCUCCCUUGUGUACAGGAUUUUAAUGGGCGGAGACAGGCGUUAAAAAGAUCUCCCUCCAAAUAAAUCACAUAACUUCUAGGAGAGGUUCUGGGCUUUGCUUAACAUUAUAGCUUGUAAAUGUGAUAUUUAUGAAUAAUA